AUGUCUACCACAAGUGCUAUAAUUAAUGAGUCAUUUGUCAUAAUGGACAAAGAUGCUGAUGGCUCAAUAACAUUUAACGAACUAGUGUAUGCCUUAAGAUUCGUUGGAAUUCCAUCCGAUUAUAAUAAGUUGUAUAAAAUUUAUAAAAACAAAUAUACAUUAAAGGAAUAUUCAAAAAUAGCAAGAAAGGAAUUAGGAAUAAUGACUCCUAAAAAUAAAGUAAUAUAUACGUUAAAAAAAUUAGACAAAAACAAUAGUGGGUAUUUGAAUGUAGACACAAUGAUAUUUCUAGUUAUGACCAUGACUGAUGUUUUAUCAGAUGAAGACUGCAACAAUUUUAAGAAGUUUGUUGACCCUUAUAAUAAAAAUUUUAUAUCCAUAAAUGAAUUUGCGGAAAAAAUUUUUUCUUGA